CUCAGAGCGCGUUUUGGGCCUCGCUGGCUGCCGUAGGAAGCGCUGGACGUGGCCGCGCCACGUCCCUUGCCGCCGGGGGAGAGGAAUCAGUUGGGCCUCCGGGUGGGUGGCCAUGGCCUUUACGUUGUACUCGCUGCUGCAGGCGGCCCUUCUCUGCGUCAAUGCCAUCGCCGUGCUUCACGAGGAGCGUUUCCUCAAGAACAUUGGCUGGGGAACAGACCAGGGAAUUGGAGGAUUCGGAGAAGAGCCAGGAAUUAAAUCUCAGCUAAUGAACCUUAUUCGAUCUGUAAGAACCGUGAUGAGAGUGCCAUUGAUAAUAGUAAACUCAAUUGCAAUUGUAUUACUUUUACUCUUUGGGUGAAGAUCAAUGGGGGAAAUGGAGACUCCGAAGACGACCUGCCGGCAGAAGUUAUUACUUCAGUCUUUAUUGAAGUAUACAUAUCUUAGCUGGCUCUCCUUGGACUUGACAAAAAUGUAAACCUUACAAUAAAACCAGAGUCCCUAUUUAUCUGAUUUUUUAAAAUGUUGCACUUACAGUUUUAUUGUAAAAAGAUCAGAUCAUCAGAGGCCAUAACUAUCGAGGAUUGGAAUACAUUUGAUUGCUGACUGCUGAUAAAAGUUCAUGCUACAGAAAAGAUUGUUAAAAGGGUGCAGGACUGUCACUUCUGUGUUUUUAGAGAUUCCUCUCUUUGACUUCUCAGGGAUGAAUUUUUUUUUCAAAGUUCUUGUAACUUAGUUAUGAUGUGAGAACGAUUAUCCUCCUAGAUAAAAUUGAAAGGAUUUUUAAAAUAUAAAAUGUUAGGUAAUCUGGAUUGUUUUAUUUUGAACUCGUUGGUUAAGUAUUCUGUCUGUAUACUGUCUCAGCUAUGAAAAAUUCAAAUCCAUAGUAACUAUUGAGGAGCAAUACUCUGAUUUCUGGAAGAGUUCUAAUUUUCUUAAGUUGGAUAGUCACAUGUUGAUUGUGUUUGUAAGUUUCAUUUUAAGUUUGAUUCAUGCAUUUGUUAUUUUAUUAAUUGGCCUGAAUGAUGAGACCAGAUCAGUAUCUACAUAUUUCCAAAGGUUAAAGAAAAAUCUGUAUAGAAAAGUCUAUGCCCUUUUUAACAAUGAUGACUUAUUUUUUAAAAUCAGCAUAAAUAGUAGCCUGUAAGAGCAAUCCUAAACAAUCACCAUUAAACCACACAAUGUAAGAAGACUUUAUUGUUAAGCAUUUACCUCCCCAAAUUAUCACGUUUCUUGGAGUAGCACAUUAAGGGGUGUGAUUGGUGAUUCUUCAUUCUGUCAGUCACUAGAGUAUUCAUGGUGGAUAAAUUGUCUUUUGUUUUGUUUUUAUGUCUUAGACCAUCCCAUAUUUGUUUAUCCCAUAAUACCAUUUUAUGCAGAAAGAUUAAGACAAUGUAAAUGGUUUUUCUGGAAAUUAGUAAAUAAUGCUUUAAAAGGGGUGGAAAGGCAUCUGUGUUUAAAAGAGAACAUUUGUAAAUAAAAUUCAAUUUCCAAGUCAAACACGUUUCUGUACCUUAGUAUAUACCUGUCAGCUUAAUCUUAUUUUGUGUGUAAUACUUACUCUGUGUGUUCUUUGCGCUAAAAUCAUUGCACACAGAUUUAAUGAGUUUCUUUUUUCUUCAGUGAAUUAACAGCAUUGCUGACAUAUAUCAGGACAACUCAUGAACAAUUCUGAUUCUAUGACUUAAGGACAGGUUAUUAGAUGCCUGUUGGCCAUGCCUGAGCUGGAGAUGGAAGAUCUCUGAGUAGGGGUGCCUUAUAGCUGAACCAAAGUUGAUGAGGGAUCCUUAGUUGAUUUGUUGCCUAAUGGGAGUAACUAACAUAUUUUGCACUUAAAGGCAAUUUAAGAAUCUGACGCAUGAAUUUGAAUUUAAGCUGUUGAACAGAUUCAAAAGUAGCAGUUAACUGAGGGCACUCCUGUUUCUCCACAGGCAAUGAGCCAUAUAGAAUUUUAAAGAGAAAGAAGAGACCUUGGCCUGAUAGCACUUUAUUGAAGAUGUUACAACACACUUUUUUACUCAUUUAAUGUUGAGAUACUAUCCAAGUUCACCUUUCAGUGGAGAGCAGUCACAGCAGGGCAGGAUCAGAGUAUUCUGUAGCAAAGUGGUUCUGAGGAAAGUGCAACAUGGGCAUCAAAGUAUUUCCUCUCUAGGAGCUUCCCUGGUGGUCCAGUGCUUAAGCAUCUGCCUUCCAAUGCAAGGGACACAGGUUUGAUCCCAGGUACGGUCGGAUCCUUCAUGCCAUGGAGUAACUAAGUCUAUGCGCCACAGCAACUGAGCCUGUGCUCUAGACUCCUCACGCUGAAAUCACUGAAGCCUGCUGGCCUAGAACCUGUUCUCCACAAUAAGAGAAGCUUUUGCAAAAAGAAAUCAGCACACAACUAGGGAGUAGUUCCCACUCUGCAGCUAGAGAAAGCCUGCCCACAGCAACGAAGACCCACCACCGCCAAGUAAUAAGUCUUUAAAAGAUGAAAGGAAAAAAAGAGCUUUCUCCCUAAAGGCCUCUUACACAGUUCUAGCUCUACUGUGCCUGAAAAGAGGUCUGUAAACUUUCACAGGUUAACCCUGGUUUCCCCAGGGAAGUUGCGAUGCAGUAACGUUAGUGUCUUAUUUUAGUAGAAGGUAAUUUAAGUGCCUGCCUGCCUGCCGACAUCUUCCCACUUAGCCAUUCUUAGGAUUAACAAUCUGUGAUUAUUUUGGACUCCAAAUACCUGUAGUGUUAAUGGUCUUGUGUAUUCUGACCCUGUGUCUAUAUGCCUAUGACCUAGGAUGAAGGAUCUUGACUGUAGUCUGUACAUACUCAAACUCAUAGCCUAGUCCUUAAUCAAGUGGUUUUCAAACUUCGAUUGUUAACAGCAGAACUGGAUUUCCAAAAGAAUAAUAAUUUAGAAGUGUAAUCUUCUAGUAUCUUAAACAGAUGGCAGACCUCCCUGGUGGUUCAGUAGUUAAGAAUCUGCCUUGCAAUGCAGGGGACACAGGUUUGAUCCUUGGCCGGGGAAUUAAGAUCCCACAGGCUUCAGGGCACCUAAGCCCAUGUGCCACAAUGAAGAACCCACAGGCUGUAAUGAACACCCAGCACAGCCAGAAAUAAUAAAACAGAUGGGAGCAGGUCCAUUUUUGUAUAUCAGUUGAAGCAGGAAUGAGACUCAUAGGCCCACUGUUCAGCAUCCACUCUUAACAAGCUUCCUAAGGUUCUUCCACCAAACCCUAAGCUUUCAAAAAUAUGGUUAUGAAGUAUUAAAAAAAACAACCCUGCUUUUUGUAGAGUAGGCAUGGUGAUCUGUGCCCUGUAGAUAUUUGUUAUCACUUGUGUGUAUAUAUGUGUAUACUCAUGAAGUGACCUGAGACAAGGCAAUAUAUUUGAGUGAAAUAGGAAGCAGGAUAUUGCUAGUAUAUCAGCCAGAACUAUUUAUCAUAUGGCUUAAAUAAACUUCCUAAGACCUCAGUUGUUUUGGUUGCUUCAUCUGUAAAAUUGGUCAAUAAUUGUUUCAGACCAGACGUCUGUUACAGAUUUCAUAUAUAUAUAUAUACGUGUAUAGCACAUGCAUGCACGCGCGAGUCAUCUUUACCAGGUCACUAACCUUUGAUCCUAGAUAAAAAAGAUGUUCUGAAAUGUUUUUUGUGUGUGAAAUAAGUUACUUUCCUAC